AUGGCUGCGGUGCUCUUUCUAAGCUUUCUUUCAUCACUCUCCUUCCAGUUUUGCUCUUGUGCUUCCCCAUGGCAGGCUAUGACCACCGGCUCAUCCAUGACACCACAAGAUCAUGAUAGAAUCUUUCUCCUCUCACCAGAUACCACCUUCUCUUGUGGCUUCCAUCAAGUUGGAACAAAUGCUUUCACUUUCGCCAUCUGGUACACCACCGUGAAAACGGUUGUCUGGACGGCAAAUCCCUUCUCCACGGUGAAUGGCUACAGUUUCCCUGUGAACCUUUACGGCUCCAGGAUAUCGCUGAACAAGGAUGGAAACCUGGUCCUGACAGAUACAAAUGGCUCAACGGUAUGGGAAAGCAAGACAUCUUCAGGCAAGCACACAAUUGUUUCCCUCCUCGACACGGGCAACCUUGUGAUCAUUGAUUCUGGCAACAAAACUGUGUGGCAGAGCUUUGACUCACCAACAGACACCCUGCUCCCUAGGCAGAACCUGAAGAAAGACACAAGGUUAGUCUCUGGUUACCGUUACCUCUAUUUUGACAGCUACAAUAUCUUGCGCCUAUUGUAUGAUGGCCCGGAGAUUACAAGCAUCUACUGGCCAAGCCAAUAUGCCAGUGCACCACUAGCUGACGGGCGCAAUAGAUAUAACAACACCAGGUUAGCAUUUCUUGAUGAGGAGGGUAAUUUUGUGUCAAGUGAUGGGUUUAAGAUAGUGGCUUCAGAUUCAGGCCUCGGGGUCAAGAGGAGGAUUACAAUUGAUAAGGAUGGCAAUUUCAGAAUGUAUAGCCUGGAUGCAUCCACAGGGAGCUGGGUGGUUACAGGGCAGGCUUUAAUACAGAUGUGCUAUGUGCACGGAUUAUGUGGCAAGAAUGGUCUUUGUGACUAUUCAGGAGGCCUUAAGUGUAGAUGCCCUCCAGAACAUGUCAUGGUUGAUCCAACAAACUGGGACAAGGGAUGCAAACCGACAUUCACAACUAGUAGCAAGCAACCAGAUGAGGACUUCAAAUUUGUAAAGCAACCUCAUGCAGACUUCUUUGGCUUUGAUCUGAGGUCUAAGCAAUACCUGUCAUUAGAAGAAUGUUGGGACAUAUGCCUGAAAGAUAGCUUAUGUAUAUCUUUCACGUACCAGGGUGGGGCUGGUUGGUGUUACAUGAAAUACUUAAACUACAAUGGUCAGCAAUACCCAUAUUUUCUUGGCGAUAACUACAUUAAAGUAUCAAAGAGUUUCAACAGGUGGUGUCUUUUUUUCAAAAACAGUAACAUGCCCAAGUCAAUGGUGGAUGGAUACAAGAUGAUAGCAAACCAGUUCAGGCGGUUUACAUACAAAGAAUUGAGGGAAGCAACUGGAAAGUUCAAAGAAGAGAUAGGGAGAGGGGGUGCUGGAAUUGUUUAUAGAGGAGUACUUGAGGAUAAAAGAAUAGUGGCAGUAAAGAAACUUGCAAAUGUUCAACAGGGGGAAGAGGAAUUCUGGGCAGAAGUGACUCUAAUUGGAAGGAUCAAUCACAUAAAUUUGGUCAGGAUGAUGGGAUUUUGUUCAGAAGGGAAAAAUAGGCUAUUGGUAUAUGAGUAUGUGGAGAAUGAGUCACUGGACAAGUACCUCUUUGGUGAGAGUACUGAAAGUCUGCUCGGCUGGAGCCAAAGAUACAAGAUUGCCUUGGGCACAGCAAGGGGUCUUGCUUAUCUUCAUCAUGAAUGCCUUGAGUGGAUUGUGCAUUGUGACGUGAAGCCAGAGAACAUACUCCUAACUCGAGAUUUCGAUGCCAAAAUAGCAGACUUUGGACUAGCCAAGCUUGCAAAGCGAGACAGUGCUAGCUUCAAUUUCACCCACAUGAGAGGCACAAUGGGCUACAUGGCACCAGAAUGGGCGCUGAAUAUGCCGAUCAAUGCGAAGGUUGAUGUUUACAGCUACGGUGUUGUACUUCUGGAGAUUGUGAUUGGAACUAGGGUCUCAAGUGGCGUAAUUGUCGAUCAAAUACGAGUUGAGUUUACAGACAUUAUCCAGGAGGCCAAACAUAUCCUAGCUACCGAGCGUAUCACUGAUCUAGUGGACGCCAAACUGAAGGGGUGUUUUGAUCCAGAGCAGGCUACUGCAAUGGUGAGAAUAGCUGUUUCAUGCCUUGGAGACAGAAGCAAGAGGCCGACAAUGGAUGAAAUUCUGAAGGCUCUUAUGGCAUAUGAUGAUGAAGAUGGCCAUCCUGCCUAUUCAUAA